UUAGUACUCCGUUUUGCCUCUCAGGGGCCCAUCCUAGAUAGAGGAGGGGUUCCUUGACCGUACCAAUAGCUUGAAGAAACCAUGCCUAUACAAAACACCAACAGGAGAACUGGGGCCUGGGGUGAGGAGGGCGCUUCUCUAGGCACGGCAGUGCCAGUGUGCCACUGGUGAGGUGAGACUUGGGAGUUGAGAGGCAUGUGACCCUCUUCACUCGCUUGACCCUCCUCUUCACUCGCUUCUCCCAGAAGUCACGCACCAAACACCACCACCAAAGAAGGCGAGAACGUACUCCGUCCCUCCCCUCCCCUCCCCUCCCCUUCCCCUCGAGGCUCCAGGACCGUCUCCUCGCCUGCUCAUCCGCCGCUGCUUCCCUUCUCUGGGCUCGGAGAACCGGAGAGAAGCGCGCGCGGCCAUGGCGUCCAGCGCCUCUCGGUUCAUCAAGUGCGUCACGGUCGGCGACGGUGCCGUGGGCAAGACAUGUAUGCUCAUCUGCUACACCAGCAACAAGUUCCCCACUGACUACAUACCUACGGUGUUCGACAAUUUCAGUGCAAAUGUAGUUGUGGAUGGCACCACUGUGAAUUUGGGCCUUUGGGAUACCGCUGGGCAGGAAGAUUACAACCGCCUGAGGCCUCUAAGCUACCGAGGUGCAGAUGUUUUCGUGCUUGCAUUCUCACUUGUGAGCCGAGCUAGCUAUGAGAAUAUCAUGAAGAAGGUGCUGAAAUGCGCUAUCUUGUUAUUCACUUUCUUAAAUUUUGUUCUUACAGUUCAUGGUUUGGAAUUUUCUAGAGGGUUGAACGUUUAUCCUUUGCUCUUUACUCUUCAGUGGAUACCAGAGCUUCAACAUUAUGCACCUGGGGUGCCCGUUGUUUUGGCAGGCACAAAAUUGGAUCUUCGUGAAGACAAGCACUACUUGAUGGACCAUCCUGGAUUGGUGCCUGUUACCACUGCACAGGGGGAGGAACUUCGUAGACAAAUUGGUGCUAUGUAUUACAUUGAAUGCAGCUCAAAGACACAGCAGAAUGUCAAAGCUGUGUUCGAUGCUGCCAUCAAGGUAGUAAUCCAGCCUCCAACUAAAAUAAGAGAAAAGAAGAAGAAAAAAUCACGCAAAGGAUGUUCUAUGAUGAACAUCUUCGGUGGAAGAAAAAUGCUAUGCUUCAAGUCCUGAAUGGUUCAAGGGGGUCUUACAUGGACUGAUACCACGAGUGUUACCCCAAGUUCGCGAAGCUUGAAAUCUUGAUGUGCUUGUUGCGCAUGUGUAUAUUUGCACCUUUGGUUAUUAAUGACUAGAGGUAGGUAAUUGAAACUAGUCUGCUUAAGCGUUCUGCACUGCUGGUGUGGUUAGCUCUAUGAGUUAGGCAGUUCGACAGAGGCCAAACCGACAGUGAGAUUUUGCUCUUUCAUGGCAAUGUCACAGCUUUUUCGUGAAUCUGAGCUCAUCAUACUGUCUGUUAGUUUAUCCCCCACGAUUCCAUGUUAGAAUCGAUCCAUAGCAACAUUGUGUUGAAUGGACCUUUUGCAUUUGCUCUUGAGCCUGAGCAUAUAAUUAUUCCAGUUUUUGUGUACUUUCAA